UUUAGCAACUCACAUUUCGGUAUCUCCUGCACAGGUUAUAGUUUUAUGUUCAGCUAUGAAUCCAGACUCCACUCUGUUUCUAUAGUUUAUAAUAGAUUAUGAUAGAAUAUGAUUAUAAUGAUUUAAUGAUGUGUACACACACACACACACACACACACACAUACACACACACUGCUUAAUGGAAAUUUGGUACCAAUCAUUUGAAAUCAGUACAAUUUCUGUGAAGGUUUCUAAUUCUUUUCAGUAGGGAAGGUGAAAUAUUAAGAAGCCUAUAGUUGUGUAUGUUAGGAAUUGAGGAGAUCCAGAAGAUCAGGCAAGCUAGACUUUAAAUACAGGUGAACAUUUGACACACAGUGGUUCAGUCUGUGAGCGAUUAGUCAGCCUGUGCACUUCAGGUGUGUCCAGGUGUUGCCAAGCAACCAAAAAAAACACCUGCAUCUCAGAUUUUCCUCCGGUCUUCAGACAUACAAGUGAAUAAAGGCCGCUGAGACUUUGCGUUCACCAAAGACCAAGAAAAGUUCAUUAUGGCAGACUCCGAUCCAACCUGCUUAGCUUCUCUUAUAUACCUGCUGAGGGAGCGAUUGUACAGGCAGGUGAUAAACACUGCACUAAACUACCUUAAACUCUACCCAAACGACCCUGUGCUCCUGUUCUUCAAGGCUUUUGCUGCUCUAAAUGAAGGACGCUUUCAGGAGGCUGUCAGGGAGCUGAACAUUCUGAGAGACAAGCCUCAGGUGUCUCUGUGCUCAGUGAUGGCCCUCCUGUGGGCACACAGGCAAAGAGAGACCACAGACGAAGAAGCAGUGUCUGAGCUGGAGUCCUGUUUAAAGAGAGCCAAGAGGACAGCUGGAGACAAGGCUUUGUACUAUGUGGCACUGCUCUACUGGAUUCUGGGAAGAAAUCAAAAAGCCAAAGAGAACAUAGACAAGAUGCUUAAAUUAUCCAGUGGAUCUUCAGAGGGACAUAUUCUUAAGUGCUGGAUUGUCCUGACCUCAGAGAGUGAUGUUGAACGAUCUCAUGCCACUCGAUAUUUUGACAGUGGCAUUUUUGACAUAAAGAACGUGUUUGGUUUAAUGGGAAAGAUCGAGUUUUUUAUGGCGAGACAAAAAGAGUCCUAUGCUUUGAAUAUCGUCAAUCAGAUCAUAGCUUCCUAUCCGGACUUCAUUCCAGCUUUGGUUCUCAACAUGAACAUAUUUAUGGCUCUCCAUAACUGGGAACAUACCACUGAGGUGGCUGAAAGGAUCCUAGAGAUAGAUGCACAUAACUUAAAAGCGCUUCAGAUGUUAAGUAUAAUCUCCGCAGCAAAGGAUGGUGAUGUAGAGAAGGCGAAAGAAUAUCUUCAGUUACUUCUGAAUGCAGCUGAGGUCACAGAGCCCAGCACUCCCAGUCUUCAUAUGGAGGUCACCAUGCCCAUCAGCAGACUGUGUGGACACGAUAAAGGUGUGGUGCAGAUGCUGGUGUCAUUUUUGCAGAAAUGUGUGUUAAGAGCUCCAGACGAUUCUGCCAUAGCUUCUGAGCUCGGUUACCUCCUCACUCUCCAACACAAGUACAAAGAGGCCCACAAAUGGUAUACCAAGGCUCUGAAUAUUGACUCUGACAGUGUGGCUGCUAUAUCAGGUAUGAUCAGGUGUAAGCUGAUGGAUGGGCUAUUGGAAAAAGCAGCAGAGCAGCUGGAGUUCUUUCAUGCAUCACUCGGAGGCUCAGCACAGGAAAUCAUACUUUUGCAAGCAAUACUGGCCAUGAAGAAAGGAGCAGAUCAGGAGAGUAUGGUCGCAAUGCUGAAGGAGGCCACAGAGCUCCAUUUUCAGACUCUUAAAGGCCUACCACAUGGUGUGGACUACCUACAGAGACUUGACCUCAAUUUUCUGCUCCAGGUUGUCAACAUGCAUCUUGCCAACAGUCAGGAUAUGCCACAUGUUGCUGGUCAACCCUAUCCCUUUGGGCUGAAGCAUGCCUGUAUGAUUCUAGAAGCUGCAAUUAAAGCUGCUCCCUGUGUGUUGGCAAACUGCUAUUACAUGGCACAUGUCAAAUUCCUUACAGGUGAUCAGGCAGCUGCUCAGCAAUUUCUGAACAUCUGUAUGGAGAAGGAUCCCUCCAUUCCUGAGGUCCAUUUAAUCCAGGCCAAACUUCACCUUCAUGCAGGAGAUUACAGCAAGUGCCUCAGCAGUUUGGAGACUGGCGUUAGCUAUAACUUUGAAUUAAGACAGAAGCCACAGUAUAAUUUAAUCAAAGCCAGAGCUCUAAAGAGAGCUGGACAGCUGUCUGAGGCGAUCCAGUGUCUCCACAUGGUGAUAAGCAUGCCGGGGGUCAAAAGGAUCGUUAAGACACAAGAAAACCUGAUCUCUCGCAGUGAGCGAGUUUCUUUUUUCCUGGAGCUAGCAGAUGCCCUACGGUUAAAUGGAGAGCAGCAUGAGGCUACAAAGGUUAUACAAGAUGCGAUGUGGCAGUUUAAGGACACCCCUGAGGAAGUGAGGGUUAUGAUUGCUAAUGUAGACUUGGCCUUAGCUAAAGAUAAUAUUGAUGCAGCUCUGAAUGCACUGGGAAAUAUAAUUCCAGGGGAGCCCAUCUACAUACAUGCCAAGGAGAAGAUGGCCUGCAUUUACCUUGAACGAUUGAGAAAUAAGAGACUCUACAUAGCAUGUUACAGAGAAAUCUCCAAACAUCUACCUGGACUUUACUCUACUGUGUUGCUUGGUGAUGCUUUCAUGAAGAUACAAGAGCCAGAUAAAGCUAUUAAAGUCUAUCAAGAAGCAGUAAAAAUGGCACCCAAUGACGCAACACUUGCCAAGAAAAUUGGCCAAGCCCUGGUGAGAACACACCAGUACGACAAGGCUGUUAACUACUAUGAAACUGCUCUCAACACCAGUUUAAUGGACUCUGUUUGUUUAGAGCUGGCUGAGCUUCUGCUUAAACUUAAGGAAUUUGAAAGAGCUGAGAAAAUCAUACGGAAGGCAUUGGAUCAUAAAGAAAGCACGGAUCUGACCAGCAUGAUGAAUGAUGUAAAAUUUUCACAAAUGCUUAUAAAAAUUCUGCAGGCUAGAAAUGAACUAUGCCUAGAAAAGAUACAAGAGAUCUCUGAUAUCCAGCAGAAGAUUAUGAGACGUCUGCCAUUUGAGCAGCCUGAGAUCAAAGAGGAGCAGAGGAAAGUGGCAGCAGCUAUUUGUUUUUUGCAGGCCCAUGAGUAUCGCCAAAAAUCUGAUUUAGAGAGAGCGAGGCAGUGCUAUUCGGAGGCUCUGAGCUAUACUCCAGAUGACAUAGAGGUUUAUUUAGGGAUUGUGCAGUUGUACUACGUACACCACCGAUUGGAUUACUGUGAAGACCAUUGUCUUAAGAUAUUGAAUCUCAAUGAAAAUCAUGUUAGCGCCAAUAUGCUGUUAGCUGACGUGCUGUUCCAGAGAAACGAAAAAGAAGAAGCCCUUAAGCUGUACACAAAUAUCUUAUACAAACUGCCAGACAACUUCCAUGCCCUGGUGAAAUUUCUCCACAUGUUACACUGGGUGGGAAGACUGGAUGAAGUGCUGCCCUUCUUUGAGAAAUGUGUAGCUUACUCUCCAGCUGCAGUUAGAGAACCAGGUUACAACUACAGCAAAGGCCUCUAUUACUGGCAUGCAUACCGUGUACAGGAGGCAAUGACGCAUCUAAACCAGGCCAGGAGGGAUGCAGAAUGGGGGGAGGAUGCACUUGAGCUGAUGGUGCACAUCUGUCUUAACCCAGACAAGAAGACAUUUGGAGGAGAAGUGUUUGAGAGCUCAGAGGGCUCAAGCUCCAGUGUGCCACUUGUCCUUGAUGAUCAAAAGUUAAUAGGAAUGAACUUAGCCCAGAAUCUGCUCAGAGAAUUCCAACCCCGCUCCAAAGCAAGCCAGGACAAGGCCACAAUCCUUUACAACCUCUGUCUGAUCUACAGCAAAGAGCCGAAACAAAUAGAGAGUGCUGUUCGUGUUCUCUCUGACAUGAUGGAAAAGAAGGUGAUGUUGGAGACCUUAUUGCUCAUAGUAGCCCAGGCACUUCUGCUUCUUAAACAGGCUCCCAAAGCAAGAAACUUCUUAAAAAGGAUCAAUAAGAUGAACUGGAGUUCUGGCAUUGCUGAGAACUUUGAGAAAAGCUGCCUGCUCCUUGCUGACAUGUACAUCAAAUCAGGAAAAUAUGUGAAUGCAGAUAAGCUUUUGGAUGAUUGUAUUCGAUACAAUACGUCAUGCAGCAAGGCAUAUGAGUACAAAGGCUUCAUAAUGGAAAACGAUCAGAGGUACAAAGAUGCUGCUGAGCAAUACGAACUGGCCUGGAAAUAUAGCUACUGCAUUGACCCUGCAAUUGGAUACAGACUUGCAUUUAAUUUUCUGAAGUGCAGGAAUUACACACAGGCCAUUGAUAUCUGUCAUCAGGUUCUUCAUGAGCAUCCCGAUUACCCUCAGAUCCGAAAUGAAAUUCUGAACCGGGCCCAGCUGUCUUUGAGACCAUGAGCACAAACAGACAUUUAAUCACCCUGUAGCACAUUUAUAGUACAAGGACGUGUUUUAUUUACCACCUCACUAACUGAUUUAAGAGCAAUGUAGACUAGAUAAAAGUAUUUGAAUUGUAGCAUACAUAUAUAUAUAUAUAUA